GACGGCAUGGCCACACAGAAUAGUGCAAUGCAAAUUUACAUAUGCGCAUUUCUCUCUACUCGCUUGUGUUAGGGAGAAAACCGAAAAAGCAGAGAGCCAUAAAGCGGGUCCCCUGAGCUGAGCUGAGCUUUUCAUGAUUGUGUGAACUCUGUGGUCGUGUGGAGCAUAUGGUCUCAGAGGCAUCCGGGUCGCGUUUGGUGCUGGACUGGAGGGCGGGAUCGGACCCGUCCAGGGUGUUAAUACGACUAAUUCAGAACCCAGAGUCUAAUGGAGAAUUAAAGUAAACGCUACUUUAAACUAGACGCAGUGAUUUUCAACGCUGACUGAGAUCCUGAAUCAGCAGAGGCGCCUGGGGAACUACAGAGAGAGUGUUUGCUGUGAAGUGAGGCUGUUAUGGAGGAGGAAACUCUCUUGGAUUUGGGCCAUCUGACUGAAGCGGAACAAACCGCCAUUUUAAAUGUGUUGCUGAAGGAUAAUGAAUUACACAGCUCAGAUGAGAGCCGGAUCAGCAAACUCAAACAAGUGGAGUCAGACCCUGUGCGCCUUUACUUCCUCACAGGCGCAUGGUUCAGUGAGCUACGAGCCGAGCGCUAUCAGAAUCGAGGGACUGAUUUUGUCCAAACCUCAAUACGCCGCAAAAAGAGGGACAAAGCUGUGAUGUCAGUGUUUAAAGAACAGAAAGAACAAAAUUCAACCGAAAGGCAGGAAGAAACCACAAAAGUGAAUGCUGCAGACCUGGAAGAUGGAGAAAUAAUAGAAAAAGAAACAAAAAUAAAGGAGGAGGAAAAAGAAAGUCCCAGUGUCAGUGUGGCCCCUGAACCACGACCAAGGACCAAACUAAGCGCAAAGAGAGAAGAUGUUUCAGAAGUUGAGUCAAGGGAGAUUACUGAAGGAAGUGUUGCAGAUUCAGAGGCUUUAGAGGACAGAUCACUGCAGGACACAACCUCGUCACUACAGGCUGAUUCUGAUGGUGAUAUUGAUUCUGGCAGCACUGAACUGGACUACACUAGAUUUGGCUCAAUUAACAACUUUCACUCUAAUCAUACGAGGAAUAAAGAAAUGAAGAGGGUGUGCUUCAUCCAUCCAUCCAUCCAUCCAUCCAUCCAUCCAUCCACUAUCGAUACUGUUUAUCCAUCAGGAUCGCAGGGGAAACUGGAACCAAUCCCAGCUGACUUUCAGCGAGAGAUAAGUGGCAGUAUGAUGAGCCUAUACAGUGUUGGGGAUUUUGGAAGUGUUCCUGUGACUGGCCAAAUCCAGUUCUCUCUGCAGUACGACUCUAGGAAAGAGGAGCUUCAUGUACGAGUGGGUCGUUGUCAGGACCUGGCUCCAGCGCGUAACAACCGAUCUGAUCCGUAUGUGAAAUUGUACCUCCUUCCAGAUAACUCAUCUCACAGUAAAAGGAAAACUUCAGUAAAGAGGAAAACCCUAAAUCCUGUAUAUGAUGAAACACUCAAGUAUAAAGUACGUAAAUCAGACCUGCUGGCUCGCGUCCUCAGUGUUUCAGUGUGGCAUAUGGCACGUGUGCGGAGGAACCUGUUCUUGGGGGAGGUGGAGGUACAGCUAAGCCAGUAUGAUUGGAGUCAGAGUAAACUGACCUGGUACCCCCUUCAGCCCAGGGUACAAAUGAAUCCUGAAGCUGUGCUCAGAAGGGGAACCAUCAUACUAACACUUAAAUUCAUAACACCUGGCUCUGAAGGAGGAGGGUUCCCUCUCACUGGUGAGCUACAUAUUUGGCUGAAGGAGAUUGUUGGACUCCUUCCUCCAAAACGUGGCACUCCAAGCAUCUCUGUAAAAAGUGUGGUUUUGCCAGAUGAGAGUGGUGUUAGUGGUCAGCAGACACGGGUUGUCCAUGGCUCAGUCAGUCCUGUGUUCAACCAUACUAUGGUGUACGAUGGUCUGCAAUCUGUUGACCUCACACAGGCCUGUGCUGAAAUUACUGUGUGGAACUCUUCAAGCUAUCUUGGAGGCGUGCGUCUCAGCACAGGCUCAGGUGUAAGCUAUGGUCAGAUGGUUUGCUGGAUGGACUCCACUGAAGAAGAAAUCAGUGUGUGGAAUACAGUAAUCCAGAACCCCAACAGCUGGGUGGAAGUCGCUCUGCCAAUCAGAACCAAUCUCCAGCUGUGCUGAGAGUAACAUACCGUACCUGGCCUUGUCUAUCUAACAAAACAAUCCAAUGAUUUCCUCCUUUGUUCUUUCACAGAGAAUUUUUUUUUUCUUUCCCUCUAUAACUGGAAGUCAUGUAAAUUAUAUAAUAGAAUAUGUUGGUCUGUGCGUUUUUGGUUCUUAUAAGAAAGAUGUAUUUUGCGAAUUAUAAGCUUAAAAGCAAUAUGUAAAUUAUGAGGAGUUGGAGAUUUGAAGACCUUGCAGAACUUUGAUGCUGACCCCUCAGAAAAUCACAGUGGUUGGGAUUUGGCGUGAUCUACUACGUUAAACCUCCUCUCAUAACCUCCUAAUGUCUCUGGUCCUAUGGUGGCUUCAUAAUUUACUGGACCUUCUUUUGUGCUCAGGGAUAUGGUGUGAGGACAGAUGAUAAAUCCAUGUUGGCAUAUGAGGUGAAUUUUCAUGGGCUUUAAAAAAAAAAAAACACCUUGCAUGCUUUACUAUUUGUGGAAUGUUUGAGAAAAUGGCAGUAGACCUCACUGAAAAUUUCACAUGUUUAUAGCACGUGUCUAUUCAGUUAUAUUCUGUCACAAUUUGUUACAAGCUAUUUUGUUAAAUGUUUUUUGUAAAUAGUAUUUGAAAAUUGUUAUAUUGGGGAAAUUAUUUUAUAUAUCAAUACCAUCUGUCCACUCUUUGUUGGGAAGGUGUCACUUCGUGUUAUCAAGUUUGCCCUGUCUCAGGAUUCCUGAACAUACAUACAGCAGUGCAGAAGAUAAUUAGAGCGACAAACUCUAAUUAUUUUCAGCAGGAGUCAUGCAUAGAAAAGAAGCAAGCAGCCUAGUGAUACUGUUGUACAACAUGGGCAUAAUAUUGUCCUACUCCUAUUGCCAACUGCACUGGCAAGUUUAGCACUUCCAGAGUGGGAGAAUAAAAAUAAUUUGUUUAAAA